UUUCGUCGGCCAACAGAGGUGACAGCUAUCUGAAAUCUGCAUACUGUUAGAUUUGUGAAAUCGCUUACUGCGCAUGUCGGUUGUAGACUGGGCUUUUUCUGCUACAAUCUUUUCUUUGUUUUCGGGUCGCGAGAGUGAGCGCACGUGGAAAUUUGGAUGCUUCACUGCGACGCGUUCGUUAGCUUGCAUUUUGGACGCGGCCAAGACACAAAAAGAGAAGGCCUCACCAUCUAUUUGCGACGACAUUGAGAGGCCCGGAAUUUAUCCAUCCUACAUUAUCACCAGAUCAAUUUUUCGACGACAUCUCAAACCCCGAGAGCUACUUUCAACCGUUCGGGGAAUCGGACUCGUUUGAAUAGGGUCAAUCUUUUGUGUAGCUAGCUGGUCUGAUUUAGGCUCUGUCGCUGUUUUCGCGCAGCACAGCACCUGCUCCAUUGGCCCAGCCGUCAUGGCUUCGGCGGCUCAGUCUCCCAUAGCGGAGCAGAUCCGUCAGCUCAAUGACGCUCGCAAGCAUGUGCUCCUCGACGUCAAGGUCUAUUCGUCCAUCGUGCAGGGGAUCCUACCCAUAAUAGGUUCCAAGUCGGUGCCAGAACUUAGGAGAUGGGGUGCCGACUUUCUUGCCGAGUCGUUUGCGACGCCGUCGCUCCCGUCCCGUGACAAGGAGACAAUGAGUCUCAUGGUCUUGGAGACGCUGAGAGCAUGGGUUGAGAACCCAAGCGAGGACCCUUAUGUCGUGAGGAGCGCUAUUCAGACCGCAGCUAGUAUCUAUCCUCUAGUAGUUAGAUGGAUCAUCAACAACUCCUACGACACCACAACAUGGGAGCGCAUAACUGCCAUCAAGUCGAGGAUUUUUCAACUAUGGAAUGGAGAGACUCCGGGCGUCAAUAUUUGCUGCAUCAAAUUUGCUCAGCGCGUUGUGCUUGCCCAGACCGUAUCCAUCAGUGGCGAGUUCAAACGUGAUGGUCUUGACAUGUCUCUGUCAAAUAUCCCACAAGGCCACCCGGUCCUUGACCCCAGGAAUCUGGAAGCGGAGGCUAUUGGUCUGCUGGACAGAAUGCUUGGGGUCUUGCAGGAUAACAGCAGUGAUGCACUCGUUGUCGAUGCUACCCUGAACUGUCUCGCCAUCCUGAUCCGUACGAGGCCAGCAACCUCGAAUCGAAUCCUGAAUGCGGUCUUGAACUUCAACCCCCUGAAGUUAGCAAACUCACCUAUGACACCCAAAACACGUGUUCUUGUCAAGUCAAUGGAAAAGACAACGAGGAUGUUGCUCAUGCAUCUCAUACGACGUGAUCCACAAAACCCAAUGAACCCUCGCAUCCAGCAACAUAUCGAACGACUUGCCCGCUCACGCGCCGAUAUAUUUGACGACAAUGCUGGUCGAAAACGAGCCUUGGCUGAGCAGCAGGCCGCUGCCUUGGGGGAUGCUAAGCGACAGAGACUCACCUCAGGCGCCGUCGUUGUUCCUCUGCAGGAGAUUCCGCCAUUGCCACCGGGUCCAACCACAUUAGCCGCUGUUUUCACACUCACAAACACGCCUGGUCUCCAGUCAUUUGACGUGUCUGUGGUUCCUGCCGAUUUGACUGCAAGGAUUUGUGUCUCAACGCUGGCUAGGAUAGACCAACAGCUUCUGGAUCGCGGUAUCAAUGCUGUGCGGGAUCGGUUGAAAGCCCUCGAAGCGGUUGCAGCGCAGCCUGUAGUUAUCAAUCCCGCCACGGCUCCGUUGGGGGUUGACGAUGACGAUGACGACGACUACGAGCCUGACUACUAUGCUGCAGAGGAUGCAGAGCAAAUACUCAACAAACAGGACGGUCCUUCCCGUCAAGAAGAGGCCGAGAAGAUGGAGGCCGCGUCCUUGGCUCUUGGUGCAUACAAGUUGCCUCCUCCGCCAGUCUUGCGGCCCGAAGAAGCUUCAAACGCUGGUCGGGGAAUUGUCACAAACGUCCUGGGCAUGACGAAGCAACUUGAGGAGUCCGGUUCCAAGAGGACCAAAGCAGGAAUUAACAGGCUCGCAGCCAGCUUAUACGAUCGUGAAUCUUGGAUUACCGUGAUUACUCGAUUGGCUACCCGCUCAUCAUCUGCGCUCGAGAAGACCACGGUCAAGGAGGAGGACGGUACACCUCAGAUUCUCGGGGACAAAGUCCGCGAGGCUCUCUAUAAUUACGUGCUGGAGGAUUUCCGAAAACGGAUCGAUGUGGCCAUCUCUUGGCUGUCAGAAGAAUGGUACAAUGACCAGCUGCAGAAGAGAAUGGCAAGCGACGCGCCUCUGCACUACGACAAAGUCGCAUUGCGACUCGUGGAUGGCAUAACCCCAUACUUGCACGCACAAGACAAGGUGCUGACACGGUUCCUGGGUGAAAUACCUGAGGUGAACCCGGCGAUUCUCAAGCGCGUCGAGGGAAUGUGCAGAGACCCAUCGCUGGCAAGUCUGGCCUUGACGAGUCUGGUGUACUUGGUCAUGAUGAGGCCGCCGGCCAAGGAGAUGGCACUAGAUGCCAUGCAGGGUAUCUGGACGGAGUACGAGGAAGCUCGACCACUAGCAGCUAAAUUCUUAACACGAUGGAGAAAGGGGUUCUUGGAGGCUAACAGUGGAGCUGGACAAGCUGGCCAGCCAGUGGCACCACCAGCGGUGCUUGCCAGUUAGUGGACUGUGUUUUUAUUGUCUCUGUCUCUCACUCCGGUUUCACUCUGGAGUAUCACCAAGGCAUUUUUUGGGGCCCAGCGGGCUACAGUUAUACACUUUUCUGAUGGCGUGUAUGAUAUAUCAUAUUGCUGUGCUAAGAUAACGAUAAGAUUUGGAGGGGGACGUGUGAGAUUACGACCUGGUAGCCAAUGGCAUAAAACAGAAAAAAUAUUUCAGGCAACCUAUUACUACGAGGGAUGGUUGUG